UUCCUGGUUCAGAGCCGGUGCUUUGGCUGUCGAAGAAGAAAGAACUGGUUCUAAAUUAGGCUCUGGCUCCGAAACCAGCACUCAAACUGAAUCGGGGGAAAAGGGGCAGAGCCGAGUCUGACGUCAUUGUAUACGUGGCACGUGUGCCAGCAACGUUAGCGAAGCUGCGGCAAACACAUCAACAAUGGUGGAUGUUGCUUUACUGUUAAUGCUCAUGGCUUUGUGAAUCUACAUUAACACCCAAACGCGGCGAAUCCAACGUGUACGUGCAGCUCCAUGUAAUCCAUGUAAAGAACAGCCCCGGAGACAAGCGGUUCUCACAAGCGGACCAGCAACGUUUUGGUGCUUUCCUGGUUCAGAGCCGGUGCUUUGGCUGUCGAAAAAGAAAGAACUGGUUCUAAAUUAGGCUCUGGCUCCGAACCAGCACCCAAACUGCCUCGGUGGAAAAGGGGCAUUAAAAAAUGAUGUGUUAUGAUGGUCGGGACGGGGUUAACAUGGAUUUUUCAGUUUCUUUUGUGUUUUGCCAGCAUUAAAGCCAUAAAGGUCAUUGGUCGGGAUGGGACUGUAACAGCAGGAGAUGAUGCGCAGUUAUUCUGUGAAGCGAUCGAGACAACAGAGCCUCUAACAACUAUUAGGUGGCAAAGACGAACAAAGAAAAAGCCAACAAAUACAGAUUUUCUGGUUAUCACUUCCAGUGGCAAAGAAGAACAUAUUAAUGGACUGAGGGACCAAGUAAAAUUUGCAGGGAACUUAGCAGUACUGGACGGCUCAAUUCUUCUAAGUAAUGUUACUCUUUUAGAUGAAGGAAUCUACACCUGCAUCUUCAGCAUAUUUCCAAGUGGACCAUAUAAAACAGAAAUUCAUCUCAGAGUACAAGUUCCUCCUGUUGUCACUGUGGGCACUGAUGUUCCUGUUGUUGCUGGAGACACUGAAGGGAUUUUAGCGACCUGCACUGCAGCCAAUGCAAAGCCUGAAGCAGAAGUGUUGUGGAGUCUGGGUGCUUUAAACAACACAGUGAAAGUACAAAAUACUGUCACUGUGGACUCUGAAGAUAGAUACACUGUUAAAAGCAACCUGAUUGGAACUGCAUCUAAAGAUCUAAACCAGAAGAAGGUUCAGUGUGUAGUCACACACCCUGGCCUAAAGCAGAAACUGGAACUGAAUUACACAUUGGAUAUACACUAUCCUCCCCAGGUGGUUUAUAUUAGUUCAGCAGGUGAUCAAGGGGAAACCCGUGAAUUUCUGUGUGACACAGACGCUAAUCCAAAACCUACAAACUUUACCUGGGGCAGAUAUUUUCCAGUGAACAAGACUCUUUCCAGUGGUGUUAAUAGUCUGAUUGUUCAGCUGACCCCUGGCAGUAACGGACCUUACUAUUGUUUGGUGUCUAACCAAUACGGGGAAGCUGUUGGUUCCCUCUAUAUGUAUGUUAAAACAUCUACAGAAUCCAAAACCUGUUGGACUCUGUUCAUCCUGACCCUUGUUGCUGGGGUUUGCUGUUUUCUUUUUUGGAAAUUUGAAUUGUUUCAGCGUGUCAAUAAAAUACUGCGGCAAUGUAUCAGUCAACCUGUGCCUACGGAAUCUCCAGACCGCGAAGAGGGCAUUGAUACAUGCAUGUAACCUCUCUACUGGGACCAUACCUUGUCGUGGUGGAGGGGCUUAUCCUCCUUCAAGUGAGGAGAAAACCAAAUGGUCCCAAAGGAUUUGUCACCUAACGGUCCAUUUUAUGUUUGUUGA